AUGUCAGAUCAUAGCGACCAGGAUUUGUGCACAGAGGACAUUGAUGAAGAUGAGAUUUUGGCAGGUUUGUCUGCGGAGGAGCUUCAACAGCUUCAUAGUGAGAUGGACGUUAUAGCCCCCGACGAGAGGGUCCCCGUCGGAAUGAGGCAGAGAGAUGCUUCUUACCAACCACCAGUUUCAGAUAAAAGUAGUCCAGACCCUGACCUGGAGGACAUCAAUGAGGAUGAGAUCUUGGCUGGUCUGUCUUCAGAGGAGAUUAAACAGCUCCAGAACGAAAUGGAUGUUAUUGCUCCUGAUGAGGGAGUACCCGUUGGCAUGAGACAGAGAGAUCAAACUGAGAAAGCCCCCACAGGCCGCUUUGAUCACAGAUCUCUGGUGGAUUAUUUGUACUGGGAAAAAGAGUCCAAACGCAUGUUGGAGGAAGAGAGGGUCCCUGCUACUUUGUUGCCCAGUGAGAGAAAAAUGAGUGAGAAAAUGGAAAAGGAGGGGAAAGCAGAAAAUGAUGAAGAGGUAGAAUAUGUGUAUGAGGAAGUUGUGGAGGAAGUCGAAGCAGGAGAGGGUGAAGAGCUGAUUGAGGAAGUGAUAGAGGAGAUCAUAGAGGAAGUUGUGGAAGAGGUGGAUGAAGAGAAAGAAGACAAACAAUGCACUAAAACAGACCCAAAGGAAAACAACACUAUCCCCUUGGAUAACACUGAAGAACUCAUUCAACCUCCUCUAGAGUUUGCAGAUGUGCAGAGUGAGAAAAACCAGGCCAAAGAAAUUGAGAAUGUUUCCACGCCAGUAAACUCUGAUUCCACACCAUCUGAACCUGCUGCCUCCAUGAAUCCUAAUGAAUGCUGGGUGCCAGAGAAAGAAGAGCGGAAAAUAUCCAAGCUGAAUAUUCCAAAGCUUAAUCUGGGUGGUAGUUUGAUCAAACGCACAGCCAGGCCCUCAGGUAAUGACACUAACCUUGAAAGCACUUUGGACAAGAUUCGUAAGAACCACCCAAGUGUUACAGAGGUCAACCUCAACAAUAUUGAGAAUAUUCCCAAAGAGAUGCUGGUAGACUAUGUCAAUGCCUUGAAGAAGAACAAACACGUGAAGACGUUCAGCAUUGCUAACACAGGCGCAGAUGAAAACAUUGCAUUCUGUUUGGCCAACAUGCUAAGAGAGAACAAGAGCAUCACCACCUUAAAUAUAGAGUCCAACUUCAUCACAGGAAAGGGUAUCGUUGCCAUCAUGCGCUGCUUGCAAUUCAAUGAAACUCUAACUGAACUUCGUUUCCACAACCAGAGACACAUGCUGGGCCACCAUGCAGAAAUGGAAGUGUCUCGCUUGCUUAAAGCCAACAAUACCCUCCUCAAAAUGGGCUACCACUUUGAGCUCCCAGGGCCACGUAUGGUGGUCACUAACCUUCUCACGAGAAACCUGGACCGGCAGAGGCAGCAGAGAAUGGAGGAGCAGAGGCUUCAGCAAAUUAAGGAGCAGAAAGAGAUUAUGGAGAUGUACGAGAGCAGUCUGAACCUGCCACCAGGCCUUUUGGAGAUGUUAGGAGGUUACCUGCCAGCCAUGGCGCUCCUAUCCCAAGGUCCCCCAGAGAUUCUUCAGAACUCUGAGGACCCCUCUUCAGAACCAAAUCCUUCCUUCCAGCUUCGUAAGACUCCUAACCACCCGACCCCACAGAUGGCCAACCCAGAUUCAAGCAACCCACUAAAGGAAGUACAUCUCAGAAAGACGCCUAGAAAGAGAGACCCAUUCCUGGACCUCAACUCCAGAGAGGACAGACAUGAGGGGAAAGUUAAUAUUCAGCUGCGGAGUACCCCAAAACAGCGAAGUGCAGGAAAUGAGGGAGUUGCUGAUGAGAGAGCCAGGCUGAAAAAUGUGAUAAAGACUCUGAAACCUGUACCACGACAGCGGCAGCCACCAAAAGUGGAGCUUACCCCCCGUGACAAACUCCUUAGUGAGAUUCGGCAGAGCAAUGUGGCAUAUCUCAAAGCAGUACCACUUCCCAAAGUGCUGGAAUCAAGCGAAACCAGUCUUUUCUGA